GUGUCCCUAGUAUUGGCCCAGCUACGGCCCUGCUCUCACCAGCACCAUGAGAGUCGCCAGCCCGUCCUCUCUCCUGCUCCUCAGGCCAGCAGGGACCCCGUGGCCACUCCUCCUCCUGCUGCUCCUGCUGGGGCUGCCGGUUCACGCCGUCUCGCAGCGCAAGCACUUCGACGUGGACUUCGGCGGGAGUUCGGGUCCUGCGCGAGUGGUCAUCGACGAGAGCGAGGGAACGGUCUCCAUCACCCCCGCCGGCGCCUCGCACCCACACACGCUCGUCGACCUGAGGAAGGGUGUCGUCGUGUACAUAGUUGACCGCGAGUGCCUGGUGAGCUCGACGCCCCGCGGGACCCAUCGCUAUGCGCGGCUCCUCGACGCCUCUUCCUCUUCCUCCUCCUCCUCUGCCUCCGCCGCCGCCGCCGUCGCCGCUGCCAUGGCGUCUGGGUCAGGAGGUCAUGACCCCGGCACUCUCUACGUGUCGAAGGCCAUUCCGAGCCAUCGGGUGAGAUCCGAGGUGGGACGUCACUUGGCCGCCUGGUGUCAGCAGCGGCCGACGUGGAGGCUGUCCCGCCGUCGCCCCUCCCUCCCCUCCUACAGGGACUACCUCAGGAAAUACGCGGCCAACCAGACUGCUGUGGCCGGAGGAGCGCACGUCCGCCGCAAGAGACGAGCGGGGCGCAGACACCGCCCGCACAGGUCCGUGGGCGGCAGGAACAAGAAAGGGCGCAGGCGCGGCAAGAAGGCCAAGAAAGCCCAGACGAAAGCCCUGAGAAGGAGCAAGAAAACAGCCAAGGCAAAGGCAUCUCCGCGACUGGAGUUCCCGGCCGCACAUGUUCCCAAAGUCCGGCCAGAAGAGGGACUAGAAGACUCGGUGACCGCCAAGAGUCCGGUCGUUCUCCAGGAGGAGCCCUACCUGUCUCCCUCGUUCGUCCGGAAUGAGGAGGAUGGCCAGGGCUUCAGGCAUUACCGGGAUUUCUACCACAACUCCGACGCGGACCUGGACGCCGAGGAGAGCGCGUCGGCCCCGAUUCGCCAUCGCUCCAAGCCCAAGACGAAGAGCAGCGCCCGCUUGCGGUCCAGGAUCGACAUCCCCGAGACGAUCGUUAAAGACGGACAGAUCUUCUAUAGGUACGACGCCGAGAUUGACUCCGGGAGGAACAAGAAGGACCAGAGUAAGAGGAGCCACCAGGGCAGUCAAGAGUACUUGGAGGGCGUGGAUGACUUCGCGGCGACGUCUGAUAAGCACAUCCCUGAUGCAUCUCCUGACAUCUUGGUUGACGGGUCCUUGGGCGCCGGAGAGUAUGGCGGCGGUGUUUUCGUUGAUCAUAACUUAAUAAGCGACGAUUAUCCACUCGAUCUUCAACUGUCACACGUACAGACACAAGCACAGAUGGGAGGCGGUAACCACGCAGCUUCUGCGGGAGCCCAGAUGGACUCAGGACCAGCAGUGCAAGUCCAAGGGAGUGCAACUUCAGGAGGGUUCUUCUCAGCACAGGCUCAGAGCAUGGGACACCAGGGUAUGAGUCAAACGCAGGUCCAAGGAAGUAAGCACGGGGUCCAGGGAUCUGCUAUGACCCAUGGCAAGGGUCGACAUUCCCAGGCGCAAGUUCAGAUGGGCGCCCACUCUCUUUCUGCCGCCCAGGUGCUGUCCCACAACAAUUCUCUCUCCUCGACAGUGCAGGCAACGCAACUAGGGGGCAGCGCCGGGUCCGAAGCCCAUGGCCACGGGUUGUCCACGAGCCAUGCCCACAUGGACUUCCAUCCGUCCCAACAGUACCACGGAGGAACCAAUGGGCUUCAUGGCCAGGGAGCUGCCUCUGCUUCUGUCUCAUCGCAAGGGAGUUCUUCCUUAGCUUCACUCACUGGGGACACUUCAACAGGUUCUUACCUUGGCACCGCUCAGUCCACCAUGUCCAACUCUCACUUGCACCACGAACUGACUCAAGAUAACUAUGCUCUGAAUGGUGAUGGUGUUCACGGAAAUACGGUGUAUAAUAUUCAUGAAACAUACAUAGAUCCUGCAGGUAUAAGGGGAGACAAUGCAAUCGACACAGAAUUUGGACAAGGUAGAGGCAAUCAGAACAGACUUUGGACAGGGUGAUGCGGAAGGUGCAGACUAUGGUGGGGACAUUGGCUUUGGAGAAACAGCCCACACGCAAUUCAUUCACGGAAGCCCAGGAGGAAACAAUCAAGUUAUUUUCACACAGGGUGGACAAAUUCAGAGAGGUUCGGUUCCA